AUGGCUAAUUUUUAUAACAAUAGGACAGAAAGAAAAAGGGGUCGCUCAGCAUGUGAAAACACUAAGAGUUUUAUUAAUUAUCUUAUUAAUUAUAUCGUUGACAACGAAACAGAAUGUCAAUUUUCUGUCAAUGAAAUAAAAGAGGGGUUUUCAGGAGAUCUCCCAGACUACACAACUAUUAAAAAUAAAUUGAAAGAGCAUUUUCAGAACGAUAUCGAUUGUCAUUUAAUUAAAAGAGACAUGAUAAUUUUGUACAAAAAUAGUACCGCAAGUAAGAAACUCUGCAAAGACUGGUAUGAAAAAAGAUUAAAAAGUAAAGAAGACGAACGAACUAGAAUUGUUCAAAUGGCUGCUGAAAUUGUUUUAGAAGAUAUACGUUCAAAAGUAUACGAUAUGAAUUACUACGAAAUUCCAGAUUUAAAUGAAGGCAAUCUUUUUAAGGAUGUUCCUGAAACUUUGAAAGUUUUUUUUAAAUAUUGUGUGUACAAGUAAUAAAGAAAAAAGUACAAAUAACGUUCGUAGAAUGGAUAAAAAAGUGGCCACAUUGUCUCAUUGCAUCAUCACAUCUGUGAGGCCACGUUCUUUUUUAUCUCCAAUUUUACUUGGGUUGUCGUCGAUGAUUCACAAAAAAUACGCCUCCAAAGGAUUGAUCGACUCAUUAUCUAAUUUAGGUUUGUGUCACUCAUAUAAAGAAACAUAGCGCUUUGAAGCGUCGAUCAUCAAGGACCCUGCUAAUCAUACGUUUUCUCCAGCUUCAUACGUUCAAUUUAUUUAUGACAAUGCGGAUCAUAAUACAUGCACGAUUGAUGGCAAGAAUACUUUCCAUGCAAUGGGUGGAAUAAUGGUUGUUACACCGGCGUCAAAUGUUACUUCAAAGAAAACCAUCUCUAGAUUAAAAC